AUGGUAUCAACAAGAUCAGGCAAGCGCUCGCUCAGUCCUGUCGCUCCAGUACUUGGAGAACGAUCAGUCAAGCAUCGCCGGGAUGUCGUGGAAAAGGCGGAGGACGCAUCGACACCACCAAAGCCUGAAAAAGACCAGGUCACCGAUCGGAAAGCCAAGCAAAUACUGAAAGGUGUCAAGCUUGUGCUUCUUGAUAUAGAGGGCACCAUAUGCCCGAUCACCUUUGUCAAAGAUACCUUAUUUCCAUACGCCCUGAAGACGCUCCCGCACAUCCUCAAGACGAAAUGGGACGAUCCGGGCUUCACCGAGUAUCGCGACGCAUUCCCUGAAACAGCUCGGUCGUCGCCGGAAGCGUUCCAGGCGCACGUCCAGGACCUGAGCGAGCGGGACGUCAAGAUUGCCUACUUGAAAAAUCUGCAAGGCUAUCUGUGGGAAGACGGCUACAAGAACCAUGUCUAUUCGACACCGAUAUACCCAGACGUUCUGGCAGCCUUUGAUUCAUGGUCAUCUGCGUCGGCCACCUCAGCCAGCAAGGAAAUUGCCAUCUACAGCAGCGGAUCGAUCUUUGCGCAGAAACUCUUGUUCCAACACAUCAAGGAUCCAGCAUUACCCGACGAUCCCAAAGCCAUUCUGGAUCGGCGUAACAUCAUACAAGACUGGUUUGACACGACGAAUGCUGGGCUUAAACACGAGACGAGCAGCUACGAGAAAAUUGCCCAGGCGUUGGGAAAGGAUCCAUUGGAAAUCUUGUUCCUGAGUGACAACGUCAAGGAAGUACGUGCUGCACUCGGCGCAAAUAUGAAAGCCGUAGUGGUGGACAGACCUGGGAAUGCGCCUCUGUCGGAAGACGACAGGCAGGAUUUGGAUAUCAUAGAAAGCUUCGAGCAUCUCGAGCUGUACUGA